AUGCUUCCGGGGCAAGACCUGCCGCUUGGUGACACUAUUCCUUCGGCCUUAGAUCUUAGUUCGGAGGAAGGCCCAAAGGAUAUGUCGGCCCUUGUCUGCCUUAUAGUUUUCCUUAUCGGAUUUUCCUUCUCCUGGGGACCUUUGCCUUUGGUUGUCGCCCUUGAGCUAUUCCCUGGCGCCAUAGAGCGUGGUCGUGCUGGUGGGAUUAUCCAGUCAGCCACUUGGAUAGUUGGCUUCACUAUCACCUGGUCCUAUUUUUAUGUUUCUGAAAUUUUGGGUGGUAUAGGUCAAGUGUUUUUAUGUUUCGCAUUUUUUAGUCUGAUUGGUGGGGUCUUAGUAAUGUGUAUGAUACCCGAGAGUGAUAUUCAGAAGCAGGAACCAGGCUUUCUAGAAUAA